GGCGCUGCGCAGCUCCUGGCGCCCGAGUCCCGGCCAAUCUGCGGCCUCGGCAGCAGGAAGCAGGAAGCGCCGGGCGGAGGCAGAAGCAGCCGGGCCUGAGCGUGGAUGGGGGAUUUUUCACUGGUGGCUAUGGAGCUUUCUGCCAGCGAACUCAGCAUUUAUGACAAGCUGUCGGAGACCAUUGACCUGGUGAGGCAGACUGGAAACCAGUGUGGAAUGUCAGAAAAAGCCAUUGAGAAGUUUGUCAAGCAGCUCUUGGAAAAGAAUGAGCCCCAAAGGGGACCCCCCCGAUACCCUCUCUUGAUGGCUCUCUACAAGGGCCUGCUUACCCUGGGCUUAAUCUUGCUAACUGUAUACUUCGUGAUGCAGCCGUAUAGCCCUUCGCCACCUGAAACCACGCUCUCCAGGGCCCAUGCCUGGGGCUUCCUCAUUGGUCACAUCCGGCUGCUAUCUUUGCCUAUUGCCAAGAAGUACAUGCUGGAGAAGUGCCAUGACUGGUGGGGACUAGAUUGCAGGCAGAAUGGUUCUGAGAUUCCUGCCAACUGCUCUUGCUGUUCUGCCAUUCAAAACCUCCAGGUAGUGACUGACCUAGGACAAUUAUCAGAAAACCUCCAGAGGCCUCAGCCCCUCUUAAUCAAGACAGGGCAGCAUCUGUCUUAUGAUGAACUGAAGCAUUUUCAGUCCCAGUACCCGGAACUGACAGAGAUCACAAUAGAAGAGAAUUCAGCUGAACUCUGGCGCUGCCUUCCAAGACAGAUGUUUCCAUUUGCGUUCCCCUGGUACAAAGCCCUGAAUAAAACUCGGAUUCUCCAGGUGCUUUUCCCUGCCUUUUCUUUGCUGGCGUUCCCAAAGGCAAUCUCCCUGGAAAGCUGCUUUCUCAUUCGCAACCCAGAGUUAGGGAAUAAGACCCACAGACUGCACAGCAUGUUUGCUGUUGGAAGUGGCCAGCUAACCCUGAAUAUUGCACCUUCCACUGAGUGCAGAGGACACUGCAGGACUCUUUCAGUGGAGUUGGAAGCUGGGGAUUUCGGCUAUGCCAGCGCGGAUUACUGGAAGAUGAGCUUUAACUCCAGAGGAGCAGAGCCCAUAGUUAUUUGUGAUGGAUCCGCUAGCUAGGAACUGUGGGAGGCUGGAGUCCUCUCCACUGCAAGAAGAAUGUGCAAGGGGCACAAGGAGAUGGGCGUAUAGAAGCGAUGAAGCUGGUGCAGCUGAAACAUCCGGGGAAGCAGCUUUGCCCACCCUGCCCACAGUGUGGGAGGCCUUGUGUUUCAAGCAACCGUUUCCCUGUCCUCCGAGGUAAUACUUCCCCUCCUCGGACGUACCUAAGGAGAGAGGCAGUUGAACGGAUCACCCCCCCUCAGGUAAGGCCUGGGGGUGCACACGUUUGUUUUCCUGAGUCCAGGCGGCUGCAUUUCUGAGAACAAGCUUCUCCUUGUAUCCUUUGUUGCUAUUGCACUGUUAGAAUUGCACAGGGAGCCCCAGAGCAAGCAAAAUCGUGACUGAAACCCUCCUGUGUGUUCAUCCGGGAGAGGUAACAUUGGGCCUGCCAGUUGGGGCAGCUCUGUCAAGGGGACACAUGAUUGAAAUGUUCCAUGGUUCCUCCCCCUACAUCACAACCCAGUUUCAUGCCCCACAAGGAGGAGAAUGAGCCCCACAGCCCCCAUUCACAGACUCAGGCCUGGCUCCGUGCCACAGGAAAAGAAUGGGCCUUACAGCCUGGCCACCGCACACAGCAGCAUUCUUAUACCAAAUGAAUCUGUUUAACCCUUUCCUCCCUGCCCCCUUAUCUCGUUAUGAUCACUCUUCUGCAUUAUGGCAGCCUCAGAGUGUUGCUGGUUCCAAUAAAUAGUCCCUAUGCUUUUUUCCUCAUGACUGUUCAGGUUCUGAGAGUGCAGAGAGCUUUGGCGUGAGCACUGCCUAAGCUUACCCUUUCAGAUCGGUGAGUGAACUGCACUACCCCUGCUCCCCCACAUCUCCACCUGGCUUGGAAACCCCUGCCUAAGAUUUUCAAAAGGGAUUAGUGCUCUUGAGCCCCCUGAUUCUCAGACAAUGCUGAGCUCCCACCCUGUGAAAAUCAUGCUACCUUGAGGUGUCCCAAGUUGGCCACUCAAAAUCACUGAUCUCCUUUGAAAUCUCGGCACCUGUCUACAUUGGCGAGGCAAACAGCAUCAGCACCUUACUCACAAAUCUUGCAUGCAUAUACUAUGCAGUUCUUGUUUGAAAUGUGCUGGCUUGCUUUCCUUGGCCAGUAUGGGAAGGACCUAAAUGAGGGCAGCUUUUAGGAUCUGGUUUACCUGGAAGUUCCUUCUUCCCCCACAGUCAUUUGUGUGUUAACUCCUUCCAGCCCCCAAAGCUCCAUCUCUCUCCAGAAUGAAUGUUGGUUUGUUUUUUUUUCCUGAUUCCCUUCCGAGAUUCCUCUGCAUAUUUCCUGUUGCUUUUGUGCUCUCUUGUCCGGUGCCUUUAGAGAAGAUCAGUUUCGCCAUGUGCCGGCUGCAGUUACAGCCGUUCCUCCCAAGUCUGAUCCUAAGGGUCUUUGUUCCUGCUGUGGAAGAUGGCUUACAGAUGUGUCAGACUGAAGUCAUAGCCCCGGGCUGCGGUUCAGGACAUACUCUCUCACUUGUUCAUAUAGUAUUGUGAGAGCCUCUUUUGUUUUGAAGCAAGUUAAUCAUGUUAUAAGACACAAGAAUCUUUUCAUUUGUAAACAUCUUUAGGUCAAUUAAAAUAACGGAGUGGAACGAUUUCAUUCCACCCUCUUGCAGUUUUUUAACAACAGCUGGAAAAUGGGUAUGAAACUGCUGCUGGUAUUUAUUAAUUGUGUUACAGUAAUGCUUAGAGGUUCCAGUCCAGAUCAGAGCCUUAUCUUGCUGGGUGCUCUACAAAACUAAAAUAGAAGACAGUUAUUGCUCCAAAAGAAUUUAUAAUCCAAGGGCACGAUCUUGCAUGCAUAAUACUAAUGAGUUACUCUGGGGAGGUGUUUGCAGAAUCAUCCCAAAAGAGGGAAAAGACAAAACAGGUGGAGGAGAACACGAGAUGGUGGGUGUUAUUUUAGUUGGCUUUGAACAGUAAAGGUCUAAUUUAAUUAGCAGGAAAAUAUCACAGGGAAUUAGGUUAACACAACUCCCAGUAUUAUUGUUUAAUUUUUGUUGGUGGGUUUUAUGCUAGUAAUUGUACACACACCCUACACUCUCACGCACGUGUAUCCCUCUGAAGGGCUGGAUCCUGUGCAAGUUACGCUUGAUUUCAAUAACAGAAGGAUCAUGCCCUAAACACGCAAAUUAGUGACAGAUGCUAUUUAUGUUUUGGCAGCUUCUCAAUUUAAAUUCGGAGGCUAACAAGGUUACCUCAUCAGCUCCCAGGUUUUUCUGUGCCUAGCUCCGUUUUUAUUAAGCAUUCAAUGAGAUACGCACACAGGGAAUAUAUUGGACUCAGUGUUGUUAAGAUCAUGAGUGAGUUAGUGCUGCUAUUGCUUCUAAGUGUCCUUGAAUGUGACUUGUAAAAAGUUGCAAAGAAAAUUGUCAGCAGUCUGUGAAAUGCCUGUGUUUUGUGACCCACGUCAGUGCCAACACGGUUCCCUGGCUUUAUGGAAGGAGAAGAAAUCAGCCAAUAGGACAAUCGACUGUCAGGCUCUCUAACAAGCAGUGGUUUUCAAGGUGGUUUGUGUCUACUCUGCAGAUGUUCUCCCAUAAAAGCGGCUACGCCCCAGCUCAAACACAACUAGCAGAGUGUUACACCAGUUGGAGAGAAAAUGGUGAAUCUGUCUUGAUUGCAGAUCUGCUUUCCAAGUGCACUUUUGAUCUCUGCCUAAGUUUCCAGAGCAGUGUCUGGGAGACACAGUGCUCACGUGUCCAAACCUCACUGCCUUUGGAAUUUACAUCAUUUGUUUUUACACUUCUAGUAUGCUUUCUCCUCUGCUUCCAAGAGCCGUAAGGAAUUAAAGGCAGACAUAGCUGCUAAACCAAAACAGGAGGAGGCUGAUUUUACUCUGCUUGUUAAGAUACUGAAGAACCAAAUGUGGCCCCAUCAGCACUAGAGUACAAAGCCCUGGUGGUUUCUAGCUCAAGUCCAUCCCUGUCUCCGGCAGCCAGGGAAAUAGUAUUCGCACCUUGCUGUGAUUCAGUACAGGCAGGACUGUCAGGGUUUGAUAAGGCCAAAGGAAAAUGAGGCUGGUGAGUCUGAGAUGCAACGUGCUCCUAGUCAACAAUUCAGCUCCUAGUCAGCGCUUUCCAGGCUAGAUAAUCUGAUGACUGCUGGCAAGAACUGGUCCCAUCCCAUCCCCCACUCCAUUUGUGUUUUGGAGGCACAACUUUUCCCACCCAGAAAAGAAGCAGCACUUCCAAAGGCAGUGACAGGCUUGAGAGCUGGGGAAGGGCGAUUCUAUUCUUGCAAUCUGCUAAAACCAAGGACUUGGUAGAGAAAGGGUUAUAUGUUGCCCCAAACAGCUAGCCGGCCCCUGUGACUCUGGAGUUUGUAACAGAGUGGAACAACCUGGCCGUCUUCUCAGUUCCUUAGGCAUCUUAGCAAGUGGAUCAGGUUGUUGAAGCUGUAUAUUACAUCAUGGAUGUCCAUGGCCUCCAGCGUUGCCUGACAUUUGUGGGCCUUUUUGCGUACAUGUCUUAAACAGUCCCUGUGUGUGGCUAGUUUGACACUUUGCCCUGCUCUCUACUGGCAUCUGCAAGGGGCCCAACCUCAUUUGCCCAGUUCAUCCCUCUUUUGAAAUUCACUGUGUGCCUAAAUGCUUCAUGUAUGAGCCUCCCUGAAUGCCAUGGCUUUGCAAAGCUGCUGUGAAAAUUCACCAGUCAAGGCACAAAACUUGCUCACUUGCCCUUGCCCAUAAUAACUGGAGAUAAUGAAACUGUCGUACCUUACUCACCUGUAAGGAAAGACUCUCUGCUCCAGGGAAGGGGACAGGUAGAACUUCGUAGAGGCUGGUUUAAGGCCUGUCUCCAAUAAUUGAAGACAUUGUCUAUCCCGAUCUCUCUGGUUUCUGAACUCAGGGUAAAUGAAUGCGGGAGAAAGGAGUCUGAUUACUUUGCUAAUUUCAGCACUGGGAAACUAGGGGGAUCUGGGCACCCAGUUCCCAGUGAUUUUUAAUGAGAAUUGUGCAGUGCUGCAAAUCUGAACCUCCGACUUCCCAUUGCAAAACCCCUGGAGAGUUUUCUAGGGUAAGAUUCUACUGGAAUCAGAUGGCUUUUGGUGCAUUUACCAGCCCUCUCUCAACAGCUGUUGCAAAGUGCCCACUCUUCAGAUGGGAGGGGAGGGAGGUACUGGCUGUGCUGUAUGGUGCACUUUGUCUUGGCAUAUGUCUACACUAAUUUUAGCUUGGGUACAUGUCUCCAUGCUUGCUUUAAUCUAGCUAGCACCGGUAACUAUAGUGGUGAAGACGUGGCGGCAUGGACCUCGGCACGGACUAGCAAUGCAAGUACAUACCCAGGGUAUCAGGCGGGCUUGUAGAGCCCACAUUGAAGUCCGUGCCGCCAGGCCUUCACUGCUCUUUUUAGCUGUGCCAGGCAGGUUAAAGUUGGCAUGGCUAUGGCUACUCAAGCUGCAGUCACAUCUCUGAUUGCAGUGGUAGAUACAGCCUUCGAGGAACAGGGAAGAAUAUCAAGUUACUAGUGAUUUGAAUGGUAACCGCGCUACACGGUAUGAGGAAGACAAGCCUACCACCCUUUGUCACGCAAGUAGACCUGCCUCACUGCAGUGGGACUGCUGUCAUGAGGAUGGGUUGCAGGAUCGGCCCCGAUCCUGCAGUGUGCUGAGGUGCCCUUGGCUCCCUGUUAAUUCAAUGGGAAAUAGGAGAACUCAGCACUUUCCAGGAUCAGACCACAAGCAAUGAGCAAUUCCAGCAGCCAUGCUACCAACGAACAGGAACCUUUCCCCUCUCAGAGAAUUCAACUUUCUUCUCUUUGUGUGUUUCUGUCAAGAGCUAUCUCUUCUCUUCUGGAAUGCCUGAAAAUAGGUAUCUUAAAGGACUGAGGGACUGUCUUGUUGAGUUAAACGUGGGAGGUGCUGGCCUUUCCUUUUGCGGUGCAGAUUCCAACAAAUGAGCAUUGAUUUAUUUUUAAUGUUCUCUCUUUGUGUAGUGGGAAAUGGGGGGUAAUAUGGUUAAUUGUGACGUAUUACAAACACUCAGGGGUAUGCUGGGCAAACUAUUCUAUAGAUAUAUGCAUAAAGACUGUUGAAUUAUGUACACUAUACAUUCAAGUGGCUGUUAAAGAAUGUAAAUAUGCAGUGAAUUUUAUGGAUGAUUUUAAUUUAAUAUAUUGCAAAGUUUGUAAAUACUUGGGAAAAGCCUGUAAAGAGUGUAAAGAAAUCAGCUUUGUACGUAAGAAGAAUUUUAAAAUUGUUUUUACUUUUUGCAUUUAAAUACAAACAUUGAUGCACCUUUUUCCCCAGUGUGGAUUUUCCUUUUAUUUUAAUUAAAGAAACUGUGUCCUGAGCAAGA